AUUUAUUCUCGACUGUCUACUUGACUGCGACUUACUUUUUAAACAAAAAGCUACCAUGAGUGCGUACGGUUCAGACAAAGCAGCAGAUACAGAUUUUAGACGCAAGUGGGAUAAAGCUGAAUAUGCGGCCAAAGCAAGAGCCCGUGAAGAACAGUAUCGUAUGUCUGAUCAAAACGAUGAGAGACGAAAAAGAGGUUUGCCCCCUUUGAAUUUGAAUAAACCGCACGACAAAGAAGAUACAAACAAGGAUCUCAUGAAGCAUCGUGAAGAAAAUAUCGAUUUAGAAAAGAAUGUUGGCAAGAUUCAAGUGGUUCAAUCCCUUGAAUCAAGGAAACAACCAGGUUUUUAUUGUAAAGCAUGUGAUGUUACCAUCAAAGACAGUGUUACUUAUAUUGAUCACUUGAAUGGAAGAAAGCACUUGGAUAACGUUGGUAUCUCUGCCAAGAUUGAAAAAGCAGACGCCAAUUCAGUUAAAGAGCGAUUGGCCAUGUUAAAGAGAAAGAAGGAGAAUCCCGAAAAAGAAGAAUACAGUAAGUUGGUAAUUUAUCCUCUCAUAGUAUCUUACUAUAAAAAUAGACCUUGA